AUGUCUGAACAACACAAUAUCUACGGGUAUAAUCCCUCCCUUCCAGCCGCUGUCAUCUUCAUCGUUCUCUUCGGCGCUACGACCGCCUACCACGGCUAUCAACUUACCAAGUCACGAUGCUGGUACUUUAUUCCCUUUGUGAUCGGCGGAAUCUUCCAGGUCAUAGGAUACAUCUGCCGAGCCGCAUCGCAUGACAACUUCUAUGGAAUCCCGCUGUACGCUAUGCAGAGCCUGUUUAUCCUGCUCGCCCCGCCGCUGUACGCGGCAUCUAUCUACAUGGUGCUCGGUCGAACAGUGACAUACCUUCAAGGCGAGCACUUGAGCUUGGUUCCAGUCAAGUGGAUGACAAAGCUCUUCGUGGCAGGAGAUGUAUUAUCAUUCCUCAUGCAAUGUGGUGGUGGCGGUCUCAUGUCCUCAGGAGGCUCCAUGCGUGAAACAGGCUCGAACAUAACCGUCGGUGGCCUGGUGGUACAACUUCUCUUCUUCGGCUUCUUCGUGAUCGUCACGACGGUCUUUCACUUCCGCAUCUCUCGUCAACCUACUUCCAAGUCACAGUCAGAUCGUGACCACACCCGCAAUGAUGGCUGGAAACAACGCAAUUGGUUCACCAUCCUGAUUGGACUAUACAUCGUCAGCUUCCUAAUUCUGGUGCGGUCUAUCUUCCGCUUGGUGGAGUACAAAGAAGGCUACGAUGGCUACACUAUGACACAUGAAGUUUUCAUGUACGUCUUUGAUGCAGUCUUGAUGUUCUUCGCUAUGUCUGUGAUGAAUGUAUACCACCCCGCUGAGAUCUUGGGGGAUGGGAAAGGCGAGAGCCAGGAAUAUUCAGAUGUGAUGAUGCAACUGAGCUAG